UGAAAAAAAUAUUACAUUUUCAAAAAAUACUGGAACUUCAAGUGAAAAAAAUAUUACAUUUUCAAAAAAUACUGGAACUUCAAGUGAAAAAAAUAUUCCACUUCCAAAAAAUUCUGGAACUUCAAGUGAAAAAAAGUUUCCAUUUCCAAAAUAUACUGGAAUUUCAAGUGAAAAAAAUAUUCCACCCCCGAAAAUACUGGAACUUCAAUUGAAAAAAUUGAUAAUACCUCAACUACAACUUCAAGCAUAA